UCUGCGGGACUUCACCUCGGCCAUAGCCCAGCCUUACCGCAGCUUCCGGACGUACCCGGACGCUUUUGCCUAGGACACCCGCCGCUUCCGGCGCCAGAGGACUUCGGAAGCCCAGGAUUCCGGCCGGUAAGGACGCAGGUAUGGCGCGGAAGAAAGUGAGACCCAGACUGAUCGCCGAGCUGGCCCGUCGCGUGCGCGCCCUGCGUGAGCAGCAGAACCGACCGCGAGACUCGGAGCUCUACGCCUUAGACUACGAGACGCUGACCCGGCCGCACUCGGGCCGCCGGCUUCCUGUGCGCGCCUGGGUCGACGUGCGCCGCGAGAGCCGCCUCCUGCAGCUGCUCUCCCGCCUCCCGUCGUUCGGUCUGGGUCGUCUGGUCACCCGCAAGUCCUGGCUGUGGCAGCACGACGAGCCGUGCUACUGGCGCCUCACGCGCGUGCGGCCCGACUAUACGGCGCAGAACUUGGACCACGGGAAGGCCUGGGGCAUCCUGACCUUCAAAGGGAAGACGGAAGACAGUGCCCGGGAAAUCGAGCAUGUAAUGUAUCACGAUUGGCGACUAGUGCCUAAGCACGAGGAGGCGGCCUUCACUGCGUUCACUCCAAAGCCAGAAGAUAGACCGAGCCCUGUCCCCUACCCCCCUCUGCUGCGGGCCAUGAUCUUCGCGGAACGACGGAAAAACGGAGAUACUAGCGUCCAGGAGCCGCUCCUGAACCUGGAGAGGACACGGGUGCAUCCCUGGGACUACCCUGCAAAACAGGAGACCAAGGGGAAGGCCAAGGGCACCCCAGUCUAACUGCCAGGGCUGGCAGGGAGGCCCUUGUGGGUCAUUUGAUGGACAAGUGUCUUUGACUGUGCUCCUUCAUUGGAGAAUUAGAGACCUUGCAGCCCUGACACCUACCUGUGAAUGAGGGGUCCCAGCUGACAGGCUGCCAACACUUCCAGGUUGCCCCUUGCUAGUUCCUGUGGCUAGGAAUAAACGCCUGAAGUGGC